UUCCCUCCCUCAGCGCCGCCCCUUUGGUGGCUCCCUGAGGCAGGCAUUUGCCGAAGCCGUGCUUGACAGCCGCAGCCUGGGAAGGAAGGGGACGCAGCCCAAAGAAGAGGAGGAGGAAGAGGAGCCUCCCUGACAGGACUCGCUGUGAGGAAGAAGAAGAGGAGGAGGAGGCUCCUGCCGCCAUUUUGUCCCCCCCUCUCCCUCUCUUUGGUCCUUCCCUCACAGGCAGCGCGAGAAAGUCUAGCACAAUGACGGCAGAAGAAACGGUGAAUGUGAAAGAAGCUGAAAUAGUGAAAUUAAUACUGGAUUUCCUAAACUCAAGAAAACUUCAUAUAAGUAUGCUGGCCCUGGAGAAAGAAAGUGGAGUAAUCAAUGGACUAUUUUCAGAUGAUAUGCUUUUCUUAAGGCAGUUGGUCCUAGAUGGCCAGUGGGAUGAGGUUCUUCAGUUCAUCCAGCCUCUAGAGUGUAUGGACAAAUUUGACAAGAAAAGGUUUCGUUAUAUCAUUCUGAAACAGAAAUUUUUAGAAGCCUUGUGUGUGAACAAUGCAAUGUCUGCAGAAGAUGAGCCUCAGCAUCUGGAAUUUACAAUGCAAGAGGCUGUGCAGUGCCUACAUGCUCUAGAAGAAUAUUGCCCUUCGAAAGAGGACUACAGCAAACUGUGUUUACUUCUUACGUUGCCCCGUCUGACCAACCACGCAGAAUUCAAGGACUGGAACCCCAGCACUGCACGAGUCCACUGUUUUGAAGAGGCUUGUGUCAUGGUGGCUGAGUUCAUUCCUGCAGACAGAAAACUAAGUGAGGCUGGUUUUAAAGCAAGCAACAAUCGUUUAUUUCAACUUGUGAUGAAGGGGCUGUUGUAUGAAUGUUGUGUGGAGUUCUGUCAAAGUAAAGCGACAGGAGAAGAAAUUACGGAGAGUGAGGUGUUGCUUGGCAUUGACCUUUUAUGUGGUAAUGGGUGUGAUGACUUGGACCUUAGUUUGCUGUCAUGGCUUCAGAAUCUGCCCUCUACUGUUUUUUCUUGUGCUUUCGAACAAAAGAUGCUUAAUAUUCAUGUCGAUAAACUCCUAAAACCAACAAAAGCUGCCUAUGCUGAUCUCUUGACACCCCUCAUCAGCAAACUUUCUCCUUACCCAUCGUCGCCUAUGAGGAGGCCUCAAUCUGCUGAUGCUUACAUGACUCGCUCGUUAAACCCUGCCUUGGAUGGACUUUCUUGUGGGUUAACAAAUCAUGAUAAACGUGUCACAGACCUUGGGACAAAAACAUCUCCCAUGUCCCACUCCUUUGCUAACUUCCACUAUCCAGGAGUACAGAAUCUUACCCGAAGUCUAAUGCUGGAGAAUACAGACUGCCACAGCAUUUAUGAAGAAUCACCUGAGCGAUGUGACACUCCUGUGGAUCCCCAGCAUUCAUCUGGCAAUGAGUCCUUGUGCCAGAAUUCAGUUCCAGAGAAAGAGCCAGCAAAUGCAGCACAGCAUCAGGGACCAUCCAAGCAAGAAAAGAAUGAGCUUCGUGAUUCAACAGAGCAAUUUCAGGAAUAUUACAGACAGCGGCUGCGAUACCAACAGCACUUAGAACAGAAAGAGCAGCAACGGCAGCUAUAUCAGCAGAUGUUGUUAGAAGGAGGAGUAAACCAGGAAGAUGGCUCAGAUGCGCCCCAGAAUCUUACCGAGCAAUUUCUUAACAGGUCUAUCCAGAAGUUGGGAGAAUUAAAUAUAGGUAUGGACAGUUUGGGAAAUGAUGUGCAGACACUAAGCCAGUAUUGCAACGGGAGCAAAGGAAAUACACCACAGCCUCCAGAUUCAAGUCAGAAAGUUGCAAGUGAUAACGCAAACAUUAAUACAAGCACUCCACUGAAACUUGGCUCAGCUAAUCAAAUUCCACCCCUUGAAGAAUCACCUGUCCAUGGAAACCAAACAAUACCAGAGCAUUCUGCCAUUCAAGCACAACAUGAAGAUUCCCCAGGAAAUCAGACAAGAGGCGAUGAGCAGGACGACAAAUCAAAAAAGCAGUUCACUUGUGUCAACACCCUAGAAGAUACCCAAGCUGUCAGAGCUGUGGCUUUUCACCCAAGCGGCACUCUCUAUGCAGUUGGCUCAAAUUCCAAAACUUUGAGAGUAUGUGCCUAUCCAGACCUACCAAAUGCAAGCUCCUCCUCUGCUGUUCCUCGAAAACUGGUAUUUGACUUAGGCAGAUCUUCGCUCUCUUCCUCUGUAAAGAUGACAACCAAUGGUACUAAUACCCCAAAGCAGCCAGUAGUUCGUUUCAAACGGAACAAACAUCACAAAGGAUCAAUUUAUUGUGUGGCAUGGAGUCCCUGUGGACAGUUGCUGGCUACUGGUUCCAAUGACAAAUAUGUUAAAGUGCUGCCUUUCAAUGCCGAAACCUGUAAUGCAACAGGACCAGAUUUAGAAUUUAGCAUGCAUGAUGGAACUAUUAGGGAUCUAGCUUUUAUGGAAGGUCCAGAGAGUGGUGGAGCCAUUUUAAUAAGUGCUGGAGCUGGGGACUGUAAUAUUUAUACAACAGACUGUCAGCGAGGACAAGGUCUUCACGCUUUGAGUGGGCAUACAGGUCAUAUUUUAGCACUUUAUACCUGGAGUGGGUGGAUGAUAGCAUCUGGAUCCCAAGACAAGACAGUGAGAUUCUGGGAUCUCAGAGUGCCUAGUUGUGUUCGGGUUGUUGGAACCACAUUUCAUGGAACAGGCAGUGCUGUGGCAUCAGUAGCUGUAGAUCCUAGUGGCCGCCUUCUAGCAACAGGCCAGGAGGAUUCCAGUUGUAUGCUCUAUGAUAUCCGUGGUGGGCGGAUGGUCCAGAGUUAUCAUCCUCAUUCCAGUGAUGUCCGUUCUGUUCGCUUCUCCCCUGGGGCUCAUUAUCUCCUCACUGGAUCUUAUGAUAUGAAAAUAAAAGUAACAGACCUUCAAGGUGACCUUACCAAGCAGCUUCCCACUAUGGAGGUAGGGGAGCAUAAAGACAAAGUGAUUCAGUGCAGAUGGCACACACAAGAUCUUUCCUUUUUGUCAUCUUCUGCAGACCGAACUGUAAGACUCUGGACUUAUAAUGGAUAAAGGAAUGUGUUGGAGUAAACUGUACAGAUAAAGCACAGGAUGACUGGAAGGUUCAACUAGGCAGCAUUUGACCAUGAAAGUGUCUCAUGGGGAAGAGAUGCUUUCCACAGAUACCUUAUUGCUCGGAGGUGUUGGUGUGUUCUAGUAUUAUUUUUCAGUGCUUUCCACAUGAUCUCAUGCUGCUAUGACCUAUUGUAGUCUUGUUGCCGAAGUCUGUCGAAAGAGCUCUUGCAAUGUCAGUGUGCACUCCAAAAGUAAGACGAAUUAUGUGUUUACAGUUUAGUGUUGAUUGCAUUCCUUGGUCUUUGCCUCAAUGAGUUUUUUCCCCUACAGAAAUGUGAACCACAGUUCUGUCAAGUUCACAUAAAAUAUCUUCAUUAGGUCCACAAAAAUAGAUUUAAAAAACUAGUUAUGCUAUGCUCAACAUGGUUGCUUACAUCCAGUCAAAUUUCCUUUGCAUCAAAAUUUCAUGUUUUGAUUUUAGUACCUGUAAUUAUGGCCUCUAAAAGUGGUUUAGUAGUGGUUGGUUCUUAAUCAGAAUCUGUUGGUUUUCAACUUGGACUGGUUGCUACUGGAUUAUGUUCUACACUUAAGCUAUUGAUGGAGAAAGAGCAUUGAUGUGCUGCAGAGACGUUCACACUUUUGAAUGCAACAAAAUACCUCUGUGUAAUGUACUGUAGAAAAGCAAACUCACAGUUGGGGUGUGGUUGGUACAACAGUUUUAACAAGUAUGGUCAUAAGCCCACAAAUCUCUAUGCACAUAUGUCGGAAGACUGUGCAUGCAGUCUGUUGGACAGUAGGAAUUCCUCUGAAUUUGCCUUGCAGAAGAUUUGCCUUGCAGAAGAUUUUAAUGUAUUUCAGUCUGAAAGGUAGCUUUUUCUUCAGCAAUGCAAAUUAUUGAGGUUUUCACAACAAAGGACCUUCUGGUUGCAUGUGCUGUUUUCCUCUAUGUGUGCAUAUAGAAUACCACAAGAACACUAAAGGCAAAGCAUGGCUUGAAAUGCUAUGUCUGCAUGAUAAUAUAAAAUUAAAUGAUUUCCCAGUUCAUAAGCUUAUUUGGAUAUUUUAAAAAUUCUUGCACUGUCUAUAUAAUACAGAGUGGCAAUUUUAUUUCUAAAAAUCUUUAGAGUAUUAUGUUUAUGUAUUGUUUUAUAUUUUCAUAUUGUACAGUUAUAUUCCUUUUAAAUUAAAUUCUUAAAUAUUUAGGUUAUUUAUUUGAAGUACACUUAAGUUUGGUUCUAAUUCAUGAAUUCUGUGCACUAUAGCAAGACCUUUUUAAUUAUCAUACAAAGUUGAGGUUACUAUUGAAGUGUAUAUGUGCUUUCAACUCAAUAAAGACUGACACCUGAAAGUUAAAUGACAAAA